AGCUGUAGAUAUGAGCUCAUCUGAAAAUUUGGAGAAUAAAACCCCCUCAGAAUGCAUAUAAAUAUGCCAAUUGGCUAUGUGAGGAGUAACAUACUUGGGCACGUGCUGUUAUAGGAAAAUAAUCAGUGACAAGGUGGUGUGACGUAGCGCAAUGAGAAUCGGAGUUACUGUUACUACCUUGAUCUUGAUUAUUUCAUAUUGUAUCUUAUAUAAGUAUGCAGUGUUUUAUUCCUUUUUAAUUUUAAAUUUAUUAAUAAAAAAACUGACUUUUUAUCCAUUUAUAGUUACAUUUAAUGUCGUGGAACAUCCGCAAAACAAGUUAGUUUGUGUUAUUGUUUUCAUCAUAGCAGGUUCUCUCACUAGACUCUUUUUUUUCACUCUCUUGUAGUUAUAAAUAACAGAUAAAACACAGUAGUCGUGUUACUAAGGAAACCGGGAGCAUCACAGUCCUCUGUCCUGAUGACUUGAUUGACAGAUCCCUGAUUGUUAUGAGUUAUUACAUUCCAGAAAUUUUACAUAAGCUUCUCCUUACAGAAAGCUUCACCAUAUUAAAAUACAUUUCUCUUAGUUAAAUAAGUUUUUUUUUUUUUUUUUUUUUUUUUAAUCCAUCUGCCAUACAAGCUCUUGUGAAUUAGUUGUUAUUAUAGUAAUAAUUAAGUAGUAUAAGGUAAGAAUUAGUGCAUUGAUAUAAAGGGAUUUGUCUUACAGCCAGAGCUACUAUCAGAACUGCGGGUACAGAAAUUUAAUCAACACCUUCUGACCAAUCAAAAAUCAAACACUUUGUCGCAUAAUGAAUAUAAAUUGAUUAAAUUUGCUAUUAUGGACAAUGUCUAUUGUCUAAAUGAAAGCAACUAAAGUAUUGGUGUAAUUUUGGUGUAAGUGGUGUAAAUGCCUUAAACCAGACUUAAGCCAUGAUGAAUAUUAUGUUAUAUGAUGCAAAGCUUUUGUGAAUCAGUGAUGAACUGGUGAUGAAACUGGUUUUGCACGUGUUGCAGUGUGACCUACCUGCACCUUCUGACAGGAGGAUGGGUACGACAGAAGCCACUCUCCGCAUGGAAAACUUGGAGGUGAAGGAUGAGUGGCAGGAUGAAGAUUUCCCACGGCCUCUGCCGGAGGACGGAGACCUUGAUUGCCUUACUGACAAUCGCACAUCUCCCCCUGGCUCUCUGCACAGAGGUCAUGGAGGCUCAGCAGCUCAGAGUAAGCGGAGGACACUCAUUGCCCCAGACAUAAAUCUGUCCUUGGACCGGAGCGAAGGGUCCCUCCUGUCCGACGACAUCCUGGACACUCCAGACGAUCUGGAUAUUAAUGUAGAAGACAUGGACACACCAGACGAAACAGACUCUUUAGAGUUCAUCACCAGCGGCAAUGAGUUGGAGUGGGAAGAUGAUGCCCUUGUGGCACGAGCUAAAGUGGGUCCGGGUGACAGCUCAGGUCAGGGGGGUGAGGAGGGAGAUGGGACUGCUCGCCUCUGGAGAACUGUGAUCAUUGGAGACCAGGAGCACCGGAUAGACAUGCAGGUCAUCAGACCAUAUUUGCGUGUGGUCACUCACGGAGGUUAUUAUGGAGAAGGUCUGAAUGCCAUCAUUGUGUUUGCAGCCUGCUACCUCCCGGACAGCGGCUGUGCCGACUACCAUUACAUCAUGGAGAACCUCUUCCUGUAUGUGAUCAGCAGUUUGGAGUUACUCGUAGCUGAGGACUAUAUGAUCAUAUACCUGAAUGGAGCAACUCCACGCAGGAGGAUGCCUGGCAUCAGCUGGCUCAAGAGAUGCUACCAGAUGAUUGAUAGAAGGUUAAGGAAGAAUCUCAAAUGUCUGAUUAUUGCACACCCAUCCUGGUUUAUUCGGACUGUUCUGGCCAUCUCACGCCCUUUCAUUAGUGUGAAGUUCCUGGAUAAGGUUCGCUAUGUACAGAGUCUGGAGGAGUUGGCUCAAAUCGUCCCUAUGGAGCAUGUGCAGAUCCCGGAGUGUGUGCUGCAAUAUGAUGAGGAGCGCCCCAAGGCCCAGACAGAAAGGUAAAACUGAGGCUUGUGGGUUGGCAUGCAGUCAGGUACUACUCGAGUGUCCUCUGGCCUUUACAAGAAUCUAGAAGCCCCUCACACACACACACACACAC